GUUACAUAUACCGGCAUGGCUGACGAAAAGAGAAACACGUCUACGUACGCCAUAGAUGGAACUGAUGAAUAUUAUGCGGCCGCUGAUGACAUUAAUGUCUCGGCUUCAUUCGCAAGAAAAUUAGAUUUUCCUCUUCCUAGAGUAUUCUUGACAGGUUUCAAUCAAAACAUCAUUGCUGGUUUGGUAUGCUUUUGUUGCCCGGGUAUGUUCAACGCCAUGCAGGGACUUGGGAAUGCCGGUGGUAGUGAUCCUGCUGUCUCCGCGGCAAUGAAUGCCGCACUUUACGGUGCAUUUACCGUGUUCGGUUACUUUGGAGGACUUCUGUUCAAUCUUCUCGGGAACAAGCUCUUGAUGGUCCUUGAUGGCGGCGAAUACUGGAUCCCGGCAGCUCUCUACAUGUGUAUGGGUUUCGCUGAUUCUAUUGUACAGACUUAUGCGUACUGGAUAAUGGGAGCUAUUGCCAAUACACCACGUGUUCUUGCACGUUAUGCCGGGUACUACAAAGGUGUGCAGUCAUUCGGUGCGUGCAUCUCCUGGAUUCUCGAAUGGCAGGGUAUGCUAUACAAAUGGCAAAUGGUCAUAUGCAUUGUUUGGGCAGUCGCUUUCGUACCACCGACAUGGAUAGUAGCCACUAUGGUGAAGGAUCACGGAGCGGACGAUGAUGAGGGCGUAGACACCACAGAGAGUUCUGUAAAUAUACACAAGGAUUAGUCACACCACUCUAGGGUUUAUCAUAUGCAAGUAAAAAGAAAUUGCAUAUAUCGUUCACAACCGCUGGGUUUGGAUACUGCCAUUGUAUUCAGUGCUUUAUUCUCAAUACAAAGCACAAGG